AUGUCUGCUACAAAUGAUCUUGGUCAAUGGUUUAAAAGUGUUCCACCAAUAACUCGCGCAUGGUUUACGGCGUCUAUUGUUGUUCCCGUUGCAGCACGUAUGGGCCUAGUUCGACCUCAAAAUCUUGUUCUCUUCGUUCAACCGAUUAUUCAACAUUUUCAAAUUUGGCGAUUACUUACAGCAGUAUUGUUCUUUCCGAUGGGCUUUAAUUAUUUGAUUAAUCUGUAUUUUAUUUAUCAAUACAGUUCACGUCUAGAAACAAGCACUUUUAACGGUAAACCAGCUGAUUAUAUUUUCUGUCUAUUCUUUCUAUGGAUUUGUAAUGUGAUUGUUGGUAGUAUUCUCUCAAUAUAUAUAUUAAUGGAUGCUAUGAUAUUAAGUGUUAUGUAUAUUUGGUGUCAAUUAAAUAAAGAAGUUAUGAUGUCAUUUUGGUUUGGUAUGCAGUUUAAAGCAAUGUAUAUGCCAUGGGUUAUUAUGUUAUUUAAUUGGAUUAUUUCAGGAUCAUUUUUAGUGCAAUUAUGUGGAAUUAUUAUUGGGCAUCUUUACUUUUUUCUUGUAUUUAAGUAUCCACAAGAUUUUGGUGGUGCACGCUUAUUAUAUACACCAAGUUUUCUUUAUCGUUAUUUUCCAAAUCAACAAACAGGCAUUAGUGGCUUUGGUACAGCACCCAUACCUCGUCGUCAACCAGACGCUCAAGAUAACGGAGGAAAUCGUGGCCCAAAUAUAUUCGGUGGUCGUGGUUAUGUUCUUGGUGACAAUUAG